AUGGCCCAACGCCGAAGCUCAUCGACAGGAUUCAUCAUCAUCGUCGCCAGUGCCAUCAUCAGCAGUGUCGUCGUCGCUGCCACCGAAAUCGUCUCGGCUUCAAACAUGAAACUCACAGCACUCACAGUUUUAACGGUGGCCAUUUCGUCUGGCAGAGUGACCUCGAUAACGGCCCCUUCCGCCGUCGACAGCCGCUCCGUUACGGAACAGUCGGCCACCCCCGUACACUUGAACGGUGUCAUGGCGAAACCGACGCUAACGACGACGGCGUCGGGUGCACAGGAUGCUUCCCCGCCUGAGGAGCCGAUUCUCGGCACACGCAGCAAAGGUCCGCCGCAUAUCGCAUUACCGUGCCGUUUAAUGUCAUCGAGCGGUUUUCGAGUCAAUGCGUCUUCGAGUCAGCUUCAACCGGCCCAGUACGCCCUGAGCAAUUCCUCGAUCUGGGUCCAUCAUCCCGUGUCAGGUGACUGGACGGAACUGCGUUCGACGUUAAUUCCGGUGUUCGAUCCCUCGUGGAGUGUCAAGUGUGUUCUGGACGACGACGAGACCAACGGACGAGAAACCGUCGUUAUCGCCAACAGGACGGCGGCCCUCGCAUAUCAUCGGGCUUCUGCCAAAUGGAUUGACCUGAGCACUCCCGAAACGAUACGCGACGAAGCGAAAGUGGUUUGGUGUCAACAGGGUGUCAUCCACGUAUAUUCGACGAAUAGUGGUCAGUUGCUGACCUCCGACCCUCUCGGCGAUCAGAUGAACACGUCUCAUGUACCCUCGUUGCCGCCAACAUUUACCACUGGAGACCACACGAAAAUGAUCUACUGGUAUCUCUCAGCUAGCAAACACAUAUACGUCAUGCUCGAGCGACCCGUAAACGGUUCGACGACGUGCAAUUGCUCAGUGGUCGCGCGUGCCUCGACCUACUCGGAGUUCGGCAGCUGGACACUUUUAGACAAGUGGGAGUAUUCAGAUAUCGAAGGCGGAUCCCACCCCAGUCCUCACAGCGGGGAGGCACCCGUUACUUGGACCGAUGGAAGCAACAUGCUGUGGAUGUGGAGGCCUCGAACCGCACCGAAAGUCUCUGCCGACGGGCAUUUGCUGUGGUCCUAUAAUAUAUUGGGGAGAAGCUGGCAGAGACGCAAGGUUCAAAGCUUCGGUGGAGAAGGAGCCCCGCGAUUACCGCUGCUCGGCUGGGCUACAUCAUCUCAGAGCUGCAUAAUUUUCGCUCCGGCAACCUGCCGCGAACCCUUCACUUUGACGAAACCUGUGUGCAUCGAGGUGUCCCCGGCCACGAAUCGAUCCGCGUUGAGGAAAAACGCCACUCAGUCGAAGUCGGCUAAAAAUUCCUCUAAAAAUCGUGUGACCAGGAAACCAGGAUCGAAGGUUGUCCUGUUCUCAACUGUGAAGCCUCGCCAAUCCUUAGAUGCUGCUCCCACGAUCCCAAUAACGACCUCAGCGUCGACGUCGACCAUUGCGACAGUGAAUACGUCGUCGAAUCCUUCCGAAGACGUCACCACGCCUAUUUCCGUCACGACGGAAGAUAUCGCCGAUGAAGAGAUGGACGGCGACGAGCUAGACCUCGAGCUCGGCUCUCCGUGGCACGACUCGGAGUCUGGUAUCUUCGAUUCUGUGAUCUUUUGCGCUACUUCCGCCGUAGCUCUUUGCCUCGUUUCGGCCAUUUGGUGCGUUCGGCAUUGUGCACCGUUUCCGAAAGAGGCGUUGCUGCCGCUGCGGGAUCCACCCUCGGUCCGAUACACAGCGAUUCCUGAUCACACGAUCGCCUGA